AGAGCUCCGACUCUCAGUACCGGCGUUGCUCGUGUACACGAAUCGGCUGGACUCUUGCUAGUUUCAUUUCUUUCCCAUUCCAGGUCCUUCCCUGUCGUCGUACCGUUCACCUGGGAUCAUGUUUAAGAAGCUGUGCAAGGAAGACAAAAAUUCCUUGCCGCAAUGAUUUGGUAAACGCGAGAAACAAAGGGGAACAUAGGCAAAGGAAGAUUUGAUGAAAAAGAAAAUGUGUCCAACUGCAUCCAGCUGAAAACCUCAGUUAUUAAGGGGAUUAAGAACCAAUUGCUAGAGCAGUUUCCAGGUAUUGAACCAUGGCUUAAUCAGAUCAUGCCUAAGAAAGAUCCUGUCAAAAUUGUGCGGUGCCAUGAACAUAUAGAAAUCCUUACAGUAAAUGGAGAAUUACUCUUUUUUAGACAAAGAGAAGGACCUUUUUAUCCAACCCUAAGGUUACUUCACAAAUAUCCUUUUAUCCUGCCACACCAGCAGGUUGAUAAAGGCGCCAUCAAAUUUGUACUCAGUGGAGCAAAUAUCAUGUGUCCAGGCUUAACUUCUCCAGGAGCCAAGCUUUACUCUGCAGCGGUAGAUACCAUUGUUGCAAUCAUGGCCGAAGGGAAACAGCAUGCUCUCUGUGUUGGAGUCAUGAAGAUGUCGGCAGAAGACAUUGAGAAAGUCAACAAAGGAAUUGGCAUCGAAAAUAUCCAUUAUUUAAAUGAUGGACUGUGGCAUAUGAAGACGUAUAAAUAAGCCUCAGAAGGAAUGCACUUGCGCUGAGUAUGGACAUUGUGCUGUAUCUUUGCUUGUAUGUGUGUGUGACAGCAUGAAGACAAUGUCUCUGUGGCGAUGCUGAAUAAAUUCUCCAGAUGCUUA